AUGGUUGGUGUUAACUUUAAUGAGAAGACUUAUUCUAUCGGGUUUGCAUUUCUAGAGAGCGGAAAAGAAGAGAAUGUUACUCGGGCCUUAAAGGUGUGUCAGUCAAUGUUGAAGGACCAAGAAGAGAUGCCUAAAGUGAUUGUUAUCGGCCACAAUACCGUCUUGAUGAAUUCGGUUGCAAAUGUAUUUCCUACAUCUUAUGCAUUACUUUGUAGGUAUCCCAUAACAAAGAAUGUGAGAAGUCAGGUUAAAUCCGCAAUAGGGGCGAAACAAAUAAACGUCGAAGAUGGAAAAAUGGUGAAGGAGGAUGUGGUUGUGGAAAAAAUAAUGGAUGCAUGUAAUCAUAUAGUAAAUUCUUCCACUAAAGAAUUAUAUGCCGAUUCCGUUAUGCAUUUUAGGAAAAUGUGCGAAAAAUAUCCUGAUUUGUUGAAAUAUGUUGAAAGCAUAAUUCUUGACCAAGUGAAUAAGAAAGUUGUUUGUGCUUGGACCGAUCAGUUGGUCGGUAACAUAUCUCGAGCGAGUUUGAAUUAUAUUUUUCACAAAGUUAAACGAGCUGAUAAUGUAGGUUCCGAUAGCGCAAAGUGUGGAUAUUGCUUAUCCGAAAACGACCGACUUGAAACCACAUUCUCAAAAGAUGCUCCAAAGAAGCUCAAGCCUACACCGAGUGACACUUCAACGGUGCGGUCUCCUUUGUAUUUUGAACAUGUUGACAAUGUUUUUUCGAACUCGACAACUCCAAAAUCUCAAAAAAGUGUUUUCAAAGGAGAUCGCAUUAGCAAACCACCUCCUUCACCGCCUCAACCAAAUAUUCAAUUCAUUGACGAGGUGCCUCUUUUUAUGCACAAAUACAUAGAGCAAACCGUCAAUAUUGAGAGGGACGAUAAUCGCGAUUAUCGAGCUAUUUCGGCUUUACUCAGUAAAGAAGAAGAUAAUCAUACACUUGUCCACCAUCAACUUAUUCAAGAGUUGAAGACUCAUAAAGAAUCAUACACACGACUAUACAAAAAGAAAGAAAACUUCGAUGAAAUUUAUGAGUCUCUUGUUCUUUGCCUUAGUGGACCGACACUAGAGGAAAAAUAG